UUUAUUUAUUUUUUUUUUAUCACUUUCUGUAUAUAUAAUUAUCAUGUCUGAUUUGAUGACAUCUCCUGUUCGGAAUAAUGAAAGGGAACCGACUGUACCUUGGACUAUUGAUAAUUCUGAAAGUCGAAUAUCUCAAGCCAUAUCAUCUCCUAUUCGAAGUAUAUUGAAAGAAACACAAACACCAGAUCCUUAUUCUAGUCAACAUAGUCGGCAAAAAGCUCCAAGAUAUCAUCAAUUGAUCAACCGUCGUGUUAGUUUUGCAUCAGACGCUAGAGUUCGCUUCUAUGGCAAAAACGAAACACCUAAUAGUCCAAGUCUCCGUACUUUGAAUCAAAGAGUACAUACAAAUUUAUCUGACGAAAACAACAACGAGGAUAACGACAAUGAUAAACCAUAUUCUACUGUUUUUGAUGCUGAAACCAGUAGUCCAUCAGUGAAUCAAACUGACAAUGUCUACUUAUCAAGGUUAUCUGGAUCGCCUAUGGACCGUAGAAAAAGGCGUGUAGAUAUGUUUGGUAGCCCACCAGGUCAUCGUGAACAACACAAACAAACGCAAGUCAUCUAUCCUGAAAAUCGCGUACGUGGAAUGCGACAAUGGGACGAAGACGACGAUGAAACUCCUCAAAAUAACUACUUUAUGCAAUUCCUAUCUCAAGACAAACAAAGAGGUCCCAAACGACUUUUCGACGACGAUGAUGAUAAUGAUAUCAACAAUAAUGACAAGAAAUAUAAAGGAGAAAACGAUUUUUUUAUUUCUUCUUCUUUCUCCAAUCAUUAUGAUAGUACCACAAAAGUGCCGACUACUCCUCAAUCUACACAAGAUGCAACCGAAUCAACGACAAUACCAAACGUAUCAAAAGUAUCAACGUUACCAUCGACAACUUUGCCCAUAUCUUCUUCCAGUAAUGAACCAUCGAUAUUUACCAAUGACAAGAAAGCAAACCCUUAUAUGAACAAUAACGAUGAAAAGGAUGAUCAUACUUAUCAACACCAGAUCACUACCAAAUCAUCACGACUCUCAACUUUGACAAAUUCACAAGAAGAUACCAACAAUAUGCCAUUACCACCAUUUACCUCCAACCCAUCUAGACGACUUUCUGAUCAUUCAACCAUGGACGAUACUGGUAUUAUGCCUUUAACUUUACAGCAAGAAGAGGAAACCACGAGGCAAGCUAUGUCACCAAUGGAAGAAACAAUGGAACUUUGGCCUACGACAGCUAUCACCAGUGGAUUACCGGAUCAACGUCGUACUACCUUACAACAACAGCAACAGCACUCCAGCAACAAUUCAGUACCCGCAUCAAACAAGGAACAUGUUCUAUCAGGCCAACUUACUUCUCAAAAUGAAUCACAAGAAACAGCUGAUAUGAAACUGACAUUAGAAUCUAUACCAACGAAUCGACUUCAUUCUACACCCAAUAGACAGUCUGUUUACCAUGAUAAUUACUCAUCUUUUGUUGGCACAUCAUCACCACCUUCAAGGUCUCCUAUGCGAUCUCCAUAUACAUCGACAAGGAAAGUCAACAAUGAUACCGCCAAAAGCCCUCGUGUUGGUAUGUCAGUGUUAGAAUCAAUGGAUGCAAGCCCUAUUCUUCCUCGCCGUCAAUCAUCUCAUUCAGCAUUAUUAUCUGAUCGGUUACCUCCUCCUCGUUCACUACAUCAACGUCAGCAAGAACCUUUUUCACCACAACGAUCUUUUUAUUUGCACGAUGAAGCUCAAGCGUAUUCUCCUGCUCGCUCAGUAGAUCCUACUAGUCCUGGUCAAGCAUCUUCUAUACGUCGCACUCAUCAUCUUCAACCAUCACCACUUCGACGAGAAGAUGUACCUGGUCCAGAGGAAACUGAUCAUAGUAUAGGGUCUGAUUAUGGUGAUCGAAUGAUAUCAAUGCAUGGAAAUGACAAUAUCGAUUUAUUUGAAGAAGAAUUACCACAACUCUAUGAUUCCUUUGUUGAAGAUGUACCAAGCUCCAAAUCUAUGACCUUGUCGAAAUUCUUGGAAUCUGCCGGAGUGGACUUUGCCGAAAAUGUACCAGUACCAACUCAAAGAAAUGAAGCAGAUGUUCCUUUGAACAAAGAUCCAGCCCGAUUUGAUGAACAAGCUACAGCUGCCGCAUGUACUUUACCCGAAUUAGAAGCCUAUCGCAAAUUGGCUCAACGAUUGGAAGAUUUGAUUAAAGAACUCUCAAAUCGACUCAAGAUAUUGGAUGAUGAUCUAAGUGAAAACAAUCCACAAAUUUUUGCAGAAUAUCGUGAUGCGACAGCCGAAAUAUGUCAACAAAUGGAAGAACAGUUUGAACAGUCUAAAGCAUUGGCGCAUGCGGAAGCUGAACAUGAAUGGAUUAAGUGGCAAAUAUCUAUAACGAAAGAUUUGAUCAAUCUUUUUACAUCUCAUCUUGAUCGUCAAAAGAAGGAUCAAGAUCUCUUGAAACAAAUGGAAGAUCAUAUCAACAGCAAUUUCCCUCAAUUAUUGGCGCAUCGGUAUGAACUGACAAAAGCAACGGAGGAAGCACGAGAAAGGGAAAAGACAUAUCAAGAAAUGGAUCACGGACUUAUCGUGCGAUGGGAACGGGAUAUCAGAGAUCAAGAAAUGGUGAUUGAAAAUAGUCGACAACAAGUCAGCGAUUUGAAGGACCAGGAAACAGAUACUCUGAAGAAGUUAACUCUACUAGAAGAACGGAAGAAGGAAUUAUUGGAAGCCAUUGCCAAAGCAGAAGCUACAAGGGAUGCUCAUCCAUACGUUUCAGACCGUGAUAUGAUCGACGCAAAAGAUCAAUAUGAUGCCUGUUCCGAAAUCUGUGGUUGGAAACUCAAACAAAAGACUGAAGAUAUCAUGGAAUUUAUCAUUUAUGAUGAUUUGAAUGUCUUGAUCAACACUCAAAAAUUAUACAAUCAUGAAGUGGAUGCUGUCUUUAUUGGUAUGCUGGAAUCAAGGGAUCGUGAUUAUGGGCCUUUUGCUGAAUUGGUGCAUGGAUUACAACUUAUGGCAAAGGGAACAUGGAAACAAGAAGAGAUUAUGCAAGUGAUCUCGAUUUAUUGGAAUCGACUACGGAUGAUUAGAAAAGAAGUGACCAUGGUGAAACGACGGUUCUGGAUUGAAUUGGAAACAUUGACUCAAGAUCCCUUUGCUGAUACUGAUAUGCGUGGUGUAAAGUGUCAAAUCACAGUAUUUAGCUAUAUGCAAAAACUCAAAUUCCAGGUGAUCUUUAAUAUCCGUGCAAAGCAAAUCAUGGCUUAUCCUCAUUCUUUGGAUCUCUCUUCAUUAACUGUCCUUUUACAAUAUGGUGAUACCUCAUCAGAAAUCUUGGGUAACUUGGUUCGACAAAAACUGAAAAAGAAUGGCAUUGUCAAUUUGGUAGAUACUUUAUGCGAGGUUAUUGAUGAUUAUCGAUGAAACCACAUACAUUAUUUUUAAUUUUUAUUUUUUUUUGCAUAGUAUCAUUUUCUUUUUUAUUAUUAUUAUUCUUUUCCCAUGUCAAUAAAUAACAUCAACCUCUCUUUGUGUCUAUAUUAUAUCUCUCUCUGCCUUCUCUACUGAAUGAAUUUCUUUUAUGUACGCUUACUAUGAGCAACACAUCCAUACCUUUUUUUUUUCCCUUCAUUUCAAUGCUUCAACGUUGAUACUCUUCCGUUUUGAAACCCAUAUCUCGAAAAG